GCGGGCGGCGGGCGGCGGGCAGCGUGCCGCGGAUAUGACGAGCCAUUUGUGGAGAGCGUUGUCGCGGAGGAGGCGCGUAGAGGAGAAUGAAGAUACGAAAGACGAACGAUUGGCACGAGUCCUCGGGCUGUUCGACCUGACCGCCCUCGGCGUAGGGGCGACUCUCGGCUUAGGCGUCUACGUUCUUGCUGGAAGCGUGGCCAAAGAGACGGCUGGCCCUGCCGUUUCCGUCUCUUUCCUCAUAGCCGCCGUUGCGUCUGCUUUCGCGGGUAUGUGUUACGCGGAAUUUGCGUCAAGAGUGCCGAAAGCCGGAUCAGCGUACGUUUAUAGUUACGUAACGGUAGGCGAGUUCAUCGCUUUCGUUAUAGGGUGGAACUUAAUUCUGGAAUAUGUAAUUGGUACAGCGAGCGUCGCUCGAGGUCUCAGCAAUUAUAUCGACGCGUUGAUAGGAAACGUCAUGGGUAACGCUCUACGCUCCGUUAUGCCUAUCGGCGUUUCUUUCCUCUCAGAGUAUCCUGAUUUUUUCGCCUUCGCGAUGGUCAUGUUGCUAGCGAUCCUACUAUGCGUGGGAGUGAAAGAAUCGUCCAUCUUAAACAAUGUGUUCACCGUCGUAAACUUGAUAACUAUCGCCAUCGUCAUCGUCGCAGGUUCGAUAAGAGCGGAUCCGUCAAACUGGUCGAUCGCGGCCCAAGACAUUCCAAGUUCCGUGAAACACGGAGGGACCGGUGGAUUCAUGCCGUUCGGCGUCAACGGAGUGAUGAUCGGAGCGGCCAAGUGUUUUUACGGAUUCGUGGGAUUCGACACGGUCGCUACCACUGGCGAGGAAGCCAAGAAUCCUCAACGUCACAUUCCUCUGGCGAUCGUGUUAUCCCUAAUCGUUAUAUUCGUAGCGUACUUCGGGGUCUCCACGGUCUUAACGAUGAUGCUACCUUAUUACGCUCAGAGCGCGGACGCGCCCUUCCCGCACGCGUUCGACGAGAUCGGCUGGCCUGUCGUCAAGUGGAUCGUCAACGUAGGCGCGAUAUUCGCGCUCUGCACCAGUCUCUUGGGCGCGAUGUUUCCCUUACCGCGCAUCCUAUACGCCAUGGCUAGCGAUGGCAUAAUAUUCAAGACUCUCUCCAAAGUGCAUCCUAAGACUAUGACGCCUGUUUAUGGCACGGUGCUCUCUGCUUUACUUAUCGGUCUCAUGACACUCAUCUUCAAUCUGCACCAACUGAUCGACAUGAUGUCUAUCGGGACUCUACUCGCGUAUACGAUAGUAGCGAUAUGCGUCUUGAUACUGAGAUAUCAAAAGGAAGAAAACACUAGCAACACUCCUGGGCGACUGCCAACGAGCACGUACCAAUUUACAUCUGUAAAUUAUACUAUAUUGAAGGAAUUAUUCAAUUUGCACAAUCGGAAGGAACCAACGGACCUUUCCAGCAGAAUCGCAAAUGCCGGCAUUGUCUUGCUCUGUAUCGUUAUAUGUAUCAUCACAUUUCUGAUUAAUAACAUGGGCGCACACCUGCUCGCGGGAAAUGUCGCGAUAUCUAUGAUACUAGCUGUACUCGUGAUUGUUCUUUUCUUGAAUUUAGCAGCGGUUGGUAGGCAACCGGUGCAAAAAACUGAAUUGUCUUUCAAGGUGCCUCUCGUCCCGCUUAUUCCAUGUCUCAGUAUUUUUAUAAACAUAUAUCUAAUGCUCCAAUUAGACGUCUUUACGUGGAUUAGAUUCGCCACUUGGUUACUGAUCGGCUUCUGCAUUUAUGGGUUUUACGGAAUUGUUCAUAGUGAGCAAGGGAAAAGAGAUAAGGCGGAAAACGAAAAGUUACAACAAAAAUACGUAGAGAAGUUUCGGAUAGUGACAUCAUUUUGAUAAAAUUUCUUUUUUACGAAAAACACGAAAGCAUCCUCCACAACAAUGUCCGUUUUAGUAUUCGUAACGUAAGAGCAACAAGAAUGAUAAAUAACAAAAGCAGUGUUUAUUGUGAUAUUUGUAAAAUGAAAAUAGCUUGCGUUCUUUACAUCGAUAAAAUAGUGAACAAAAUACUUUAAGGCUAAGAUAUACAAUGAUGUUUUUAAUACAUUGGCAAUGUAUGUACAUACAUAUUAAUAACUUUAUGUACAUAUAGCCUUUUCUUACUCUAAAAUGUUUUACUAUAUAUUCUUUACUUUUACAAUUUAACCAAGUAUUAGCUAUAUGUAAGAAAAAAUUAAGUUAUUAACUAUUGUCAAGAAGGUUUUAUCAGUCAAGCGCAUUAAUUAUAAUACGAAUUUACAUGAGCUUUCUGCGGUUCAUAAAAAUUAGCGAAGUAGCUCUCAAAUAUUAUCCGAUAAAUAUUGUUACGCUUAUUGGAAUGUUUACACAAUCACAGACUAGCAUUUUUAAUUGCAUCGUAUAUUUGUAUAUUUGUAAGCAUUUUGUGUUGUUUUGCUAGUCAUUGAUGUUAUUAUUAUAUUUAUCUGCUUGCACAGAUUUCUAUGUAUGCAAUACUAGACCGCUAACAGGCGACGGCCAUGAUGCCUACCGCCAUAAACUUAGGUCAAGCUAUGCAUUAUACAAAGUGUUCAAAAGAAAGAGUUCAAUGCUAUAAGAGUAGCGAAAGGGUGCAUUCCGUUUCACGCAUGAUGCACAUAAUGCAUCAUUUAUCAUUUUAUCCUGUUUAAUAUUCGGUGAACAACAAGGAUAAAUGUUGCAUUAUGCGCAUCAUGUGUGAAACGGAAUGCAGCCAAGAUUUUAAUAUCAUGAGCAACUGAACACCUGUAGUGACCUAAUUCAAUAUGGUCGCAUCCCCCACUACCACUUGCACCUCGCAUCGGCUUUUCGGCUGUGCGUCCACAGAUGUUACUGGUCUAGUAUUCCAUAGAAGUCUGUGCCUGCCUGUGCGUGUUAUUCGUCAUAUAUUCUAGGUCCUAGAUAUACUAGAAAAAUAACAAAAUGUUUAUGCAAUGAUAUUGUUGUUUUAUCAUGUAAAUAUUCGUAACUUUGAUGCAAAUUGUAACUCAAAAAGUAAUUUAAAUAACGUGCAUGUAUGUGUUAUGUAUUUUCUUGUAUAUUUUAUUUUGUCAACUACUUAAUUGUAUCAUCUCAACUUCUUUAGUACUCGUUAUACCGAGGAAGAAGUUUUCAAUGCAUUAGAGUCGAGUAAUUUGCCUUAUACGUAUAUUACGAUUAUUAACUACAAAUUAGCAAUAUUUAUUAUAUGGAACACGCCUCUAUGUUCAUACAUGUAUACACGCGUGAUGUUACAUUUUACGAUUAAGGCAAUCACAACAUUGUUAAUUAUUUCACGUUACCUAAUAGCCUAUACUUUAAUAUAAUCGCAAUUAAGA